AUGCUCCUUUUGUUUGUCAUCCCUACAGGACGAUUUAGGUCCCUGGGGACCCUCGGACAGCGGAGAUAUCGGGGGCUCUUUGAGAGCCCUCAAAGAGCCCGUCAUACUGCUGCGACGCUGGUCACACCUCCCCUUCUAUUGCCCUCUUCUGAUCAAAUCUUGAAUUUUAUAACCAUUUCUCCCUGUUCUUCUGCACAGGUUGCAGAUAUUCAGGUCACCAACCAAAUCUUUGGUCUGAGUCAGACCGAGCCAGGCAGCUUCCUUUAUUAUUCCCCCUUUGAUGGCUUUUUGGGUCUGGCUUUCCCUAGCCUGUCGGCCUCUGGUGCCACUCCUGUUUUUGACAACAUGAUGAGUGAAAAUUUGGUAUCUCAGGAUCUCUUUUCCGUCUUCAUGAGUUCUGAUGGCAAGAAAGGGAGUUUUGUAAUGUUUGGUGGCAUUGACGACUCCUACUUUACUGGAAAUCUCAACUGGGUGCCCCUUUCUGCUGAAACCUAUUGGCAGAUCCCUAUGGACAGUAUCACCGUCAAUGGUCAAGCCAUUGCUUGUUCCGGUGGCUGCCAAGCUAUUGUUGACACUGGUACCUCCCUCCUGGCAGGUCCUCCCAGUGCCAUUGCUAGCAUUCAGAACUUCAUUGGUAGCCAAUAUUCCAAUGGUCAGUAUAUAGUCAACUGCAAUGCUAUCAACAAACUGCCUGACAUCGUCUUCACCAUCAAUGGCAUUCAAUACCCUCUGUCCGCCAGUGCCUACAUUCGCCAGUUCCCAAGUUAUUGCAUGAGUGGCUUCGAGAAUAUAGCCUUCCAGUAUGAUCUUUGGAUCCUUGGUGAUGUCUUCAUUCGUCAAUACUAUUCUGUCUUUGACCGAGCAAACAACCAGAUUGGCCUGGCUCCUGUGGCAAAGUAAUAGCAACAUCUUAUUGGUCAUAUUAUAGCCUAAGGAUGGUCUUGACUCUUUGGAAUUAAGUGUGGUAAUUACACUCCUGAUCCCCAUGCUUCUAUGUCAGCAACAAUAAAUGAAUAUAAAAAUAAA